AUGAAGCUCGCGGUUCUUGGGGCCUGUGGCGGUAUUGGCCAAACGCUGAGUCUGCUUUUGCGGACAAACGAGCUCAUUGACGAGCUUGUGCUCUACGACGUGGUCGACCCCGUCGGGGUGGCCACCGACCUGUCGCAUAUUCCGACCCGCCAGAAAGUCAGGCAUUUCUGUGCUUUGACGAAGACAGACGAGUCGCAGCUGCGGAUGGCGUUGCAAGGCGCCAACGUCGUGGUUAUCCCGGCCGGAAUCCCCAGAAAGCCCGGCAUGAGCAGAGACGACCUCUUCAACAUCAAUGCGUCGAUCGUCCAGCAGCUGGUGAGAGUCUAUGGCGAGACGUGUCCGGAGGCGUUCUUGGCAAUCAUCUCGAACCCGGUGAACUCCACCGUCCCGAUUGCGGCGGAACAGCUGCGGAGCCAGAACUGUUUCCGGCCAGAGAGGGUGUUUGGCAUAACCACGUUGGACAGUUUGAGGCUCGAGCAGUUUCUGGGUCAGCUGACCGGGGCGUGGGAUCUGCGUGGUCAAGUGUACACAGUCGGGGGUCACUCUGGAGAAACAAUCGUGCCUAUUUUGGGGAAGUGGCGCAAGCGGUUGUCUUCCGCAGAGAUCCAGGACCUUGUACACCGUGUCCGGUACGCCGGAGACGAAGUCGUGCAGGCCAAACAGGGUAAAGGAUCAGCAACAUUAUCGAUGGCGGCUGCAGCAAACCGGUUUCUGUGUGGGAUUUUGCGUGCGAUUUGUAGGGGCGACACUGUGGACGAGGUUGCCUUUGUGAACGUUUCGCGGCUCAAGACCGACGAUUGCUUUGUUCAGAAAAUAAUGCACAAAGUGGAAUUUUUUGGGGUUCCGAUAAGCAUUGGGCCGGAAGGCGUCGCAAAGGUGAAAUGUUUGGGAAGUUUGAGCGCAGAAGAGAAGGAGGCGAUAUCACACAGCGUGCCUGCACUGAGUGCGCAAAUAGCUAAGGGUACCCGUUUUGUGAAGGCGUCCAAGCUCUGA